GAUAUCUCACAGCUUCCUUCCUUCAUCUUACUUAACCAACUUAUUGACAAUGUCUGGACGCGGCAAGGGCGGCAAGGGCCUGGGCAAGGGCGGUGCCAAGCGCCACCGCAAGGUGCUUCGCGAUAACAUUCAGGGCAUCACUAAGCCCGCUAUUCGCCGUCUGGCUCGCCGUGGCGGUGUGAAGCGUAUCAGCGGCCUGAUCUACGAGGAGACUCGCACGGUGCUGAAGACCUUCCUGGAGAACGUCAUCCGCGACUCGGUCACCUACACCGAGCACGCUCGCCGCAAGACCGUGACGGCCAUGGACGUGGUGUACGCCCUGAAGCGCCAGGGCCGCACCCUGUACGGCUUCGGUGGUUAAGCGGCUUCUGUGCCGACUGCUGUGAGGGGAAACAAGGCACGUAUCCACGCUGGCUUGCCCCUCCCACCUGGCUGUCAACCUCUUCAUCCAAACUCGGUGUUUUUCAACACCACCAAACUCGUGCAACGGGUGUGCAGCGUGGGUGUGCAGGGCCGGUCAAACAUUGUGGUA